AUCAUUUCCAGCAGCAGCAUGGGAGCAGGCAGCCACCUUCCCUGUGCAUUGCCUUACACUGAGGGGGCCCACAGGGGCGCACACGCCCCAUUCUCCACCUCUGCACCGGGACAGUCACCUAUUAUCAGGCACUAGGCUGCUGGAUGGCAUUCCUGGCUGGACGUGUACAGAUUGCACCUUCUAAAGCGGCCGAGAUGUGACGUGGGCCAUAGCAGCGACUGCUGGAUGUUGGAAUACUCCCUAGUGCCCCCACACUAGUGUCUGUAGCUGGCCUGUGCCUUCUCGCUGCUGCAGCCUGGGAAUAUCAACCAGGGGGUUGCAGGGUGUCUUCCUAAUUGGAUCAUUCAUUGCAGCCCUGACAGCAGGACAUCACCAGCUCAGACAAUGAACUACGUAGGGCAGCUUGCUGGACAAGUCUUCGUUACUGUGAAGGAGCUAUACAGGGGCCUGAAUCCGGCCACUCUGUCCGGCUGCAUAGACGUCAUUGUGGUGCGUCAGCCCAAUGGCAACCUGCAGUGUUCCCCGUUUCACGUGCGAUUCGGGAAGAUGGGAGUUCUGCGCUCAAGGGAGAAAGUGGUUGACAUUGAAAUCAAUGGAGAAAGUGUGGACCUACACAUGAAACUUGGAGACAAUGGAGAAGCUUUUUUCGUUGAGGAAACGGAGGGUAAUGAGGAACCCAUCCCUUCCCACCUGGCAACCUCCCCUAUAUUAUUGGACGGCGCUUCCCUCAUGGAGGCUCAGCUGAAGAGGAACUCGGCAGAAUGGCCGAGAAGUCUGGACCCUUCCAGCUCGGCUCAGACUUCCGGCAUCAUGUACUUGGCUCAGCCCGGCACGGAUAAUGCCACCAGUGGCUCUGUCAAGAAGAGACGAAAACGAAGGAGGAAAUCCAAGCUGGAUAACUUAAAGAGAGAGGACAAUGGGGACACCACAGAAGAGGAGGAUAUGUUCACCAUAGACAUGAGCUCUGAAGAGGAGGCCGAGCCUCUGGAAACUGCCAGAUCUUCUGUCCAGAACAAGCAGUUGCAGGCCAGUCACUUCUCCAAACUCAACACCUAUCCCCAUUCAGAUGGAGAGUGGUCGGCUAGGCAUAGUCCCCCAGGUUCCCGUCCUGCUACACCGAAAAGUGACUCUGAGUUGGUCAGCAAACCAAUGGAGAGAGGAAUGGCCCCCAGUGAGCUCCCAAUGCACUGGGCCUGGGGAGAACUACCUCAGGCUACCAAGUCUUCCCCACAUAAAGUGAAGGACACCAGUGUUGUGAACAUAAAUCCUUCAGAGACCACACAUUUCAGGAUCAUACCAAGUCCCUCCGACGAAGGACAAGCCCCUUCAUCAGAACCAGCAGGGGAACAGCCCACCCCAUUAAUUGUAGAGGAAAUUGGCCCUGAAUAUGAUCCGCAUAGUACGUGCGAAGCCGAUGAUGAAUGUCAGGGAGUUUCUGCCCCGAGUCUCCAUCCUUACGAAGAGCCUGUACCACCCUCUGCCAGUAUAAGUCUGCCAUCGAGCAAGACGGACUCCCCUUCCAAGAAAAAAGACAAGCGAAGCCGUCACCUUGGAACUGAUGGAGUGUACUUGGAGGAGAUAACCUGCAUGGAUCCUGAAAUCGCAGCAUUAUAUUUCCCAAAAAGUGGGGACUCGGCCACAGCUGGGAAGAGCCCAGGAGAUAAUGGGUCACGUUCCGCCAACCAGUCGCCGCAGUCUGUGGGAAGCUCUGGGGUGGACAGUGGAGUGGAAAGCAUCUCUGAUGGGUUACGAGAUCUGCCGUCCAUUGCUAUAUCGCUUUGUGGAGGCCUCAAUGACAAUAAAGAAUUGACAAAAGAUCAGUUUAUAAAGCAGGUAGUGACGUACCAGCAAUUUGUGGACAAUCCUUCCAUCAUCGAUGAUCCGAACCUUGUUGUGAAAAUUGGAAACAAAUAUUACAAUUGGCCAACAGCUGCCCCCGUUCUCCUGGCCAUGCAGGCUUUUCAGAAACCAUUACCUAAGGUAACUGUGGAUACUCUGAUGAGAGACAAGAUGCCCAAAAAGGGUGGGAGAUGGUGGUUUUCCUGGCGUGGGAGGAACAGCAGCAUUACAGUGGAAUCCAAGGUAGAGCAAGGACUGAGCGGAAAAGGACCUUAUAUUACUGAGCAACCUGCAGGCUCCAACAUUGAACAGAGAAUAAAAGAUGAAUCUUCCUCCAGCGAUGAGGACCCCAGGGCAGCCAAGCUGAACGUAGGCUCUCUGCAAUCAAACCAGAGCCACAUUUCAUCAACUGGCAUUACUUAUAAGAAGACGCUUCGGCUGACCUCUGACCAGCUUAAAAGUCUGAAGCUAAAAAAUGGCUCCAACGAUGUAGUAUUCAGUGUUACCACUCAGUACCAGGGAACCUGUCGCUGCGAGGGCACCAUUUACCUGUGGAACUGGGAUGAUAAAAUCAUCAUUUCUGAUAUUGACGGCACAAUUACCAGAUCGGACACAUUAGGUCACAUUUUGCCAACACUCGGAAAAGAUUGGACUCAUCAGGGUAUCGCAAAACUGUAUCACAAAGUUAGCCAAAAUGGUUAUAAAUUCCUCUACUGCUCAGCACGUGCCAUAGGAAUGGCAGACAUGACAAGAGGAUAUCUACACUGGGUUAAUGAGCAUGGGAUGGUAUUACCUCAAGGACCUGUCCUCCUGAGUCCCAGCAGUUUGUUCUCUGCACUGCACAGGGAAGUAAUAGAAAAGAAGCCUGAAAAAUUCAAGAUUCAGUGUUUGACAGAUAUUAAAAACCUCUUUCUCCCAAACGUGGAGCCCUUCUAUGCUGCUUUUGGGAACCGGCCUACAGAUGUUUAUUCAUAUAAGCAAGUGGGAGUUUCUUUAAACAGAAUAUUUACAGUCAACCCCAAAGGAGAGCUCAUCCAGGAGCAUGCGAAGACCAACAUCUCCUCCUACGUCCGGCUCUGUGAGGUGGUGGAUCACGUCUUCCCCUUGCUGAAGAGAAGCCAUUCCUCAGAUUUCCCUUGCUCUGACACCUACAGUCAGUUCACAUACUGGAGAGAACCUUUACUGCCUUUCGAAAACCAAGAUAUUCACCCUACGGCUUCAUAAAGACAAACUCCAUAUGUCUUUUUAUUGUACCUGCUACAUUUCAGCGCUCUCCGGCCUUUCAGCCCCACUCGGAGAAAGGAGACUACAAUAACUAUCUGGACUUGAUCUCAUCCAUGUGGGAUUAUUUCUGCUGUUUUCUUGGAAGUUUCUAUAGAAUGGAGUUCUUCAGAGAAAUGUAUUGAUUGACAUGAGUAAUUUGUGCUCUCUAGUACACGGCUGGAGGGCUGUGUGGAGUCCUGUAAUACAACACUCUGCACCUCAGCCUCACUCACCAGGCUGCCACGGUCUCAGUUUCCACCAGAGAAAGGAGUCAAGGCUAUGAAAUCCUACAGUGUGAAGAAGGAUGCAAUUAAAACCAUUCGUCCAUUGUUUUCCCAAGUUAUUGGCGUAUUUCUUUAGGUGGAAGACAGGGCUUAUUUAUUAUUUACAGGCUCCAUUAGACUAACUUCCUUUUGCAGAUAUAUAAGGCACAUUUUAAAGUGCUCGCUGUAUUGAAGGACUUUGGGUUGCAACAGUCAUAGUGAAUUUUGAAUAGUUUAGAAAAAAAAUUACAUAUCCAUUAGACUUGAUUUACUAAAACUGCAUUGUCCCCCGGAGUGUGGAACAUCAUAAUGCCUGUAACCCCUGCCUUAAAGGGGAUCUCCACCUUCAGAGGCUUUGGUUGUCCGGCCAUUUUUAUUUAUUAUGUAUUUGCCUUUGGAUACCGCAACAGAUAAACUCUGGUGUGUACAUUGGAUACAGUUUUAUCUACAAAGCAGAUCUGUGGCGUCUAAUUGUCAAAAAUAUACCUGGACAAUAGAGUUCCUAAAGGUGGAGUUCCCGUUUAAAAAAAAAAUAAUAUAUAUAUAUAUAUAUAUAUAUAUAUAUAUAUAUAAUCAGAACCCUAGAUUGCAGGUUUGCAGCAGUUUGUUUUUGUUAAGGAACUUUAUUGACCCUUCAAGGAAGCUGCUUGUACAUGCCACUUUGUCAGGUCAACAGAUGUGUCUAGGACUUUGCUCACUAACAUCAGGUAGGUUUUCAUGUACAUGAGUGAACUAUUUAAUAUACCACCCCACAUUGCACUAUAGUACUGUAAAUGUAGCACUUAUUGUAUUAUAGGUCCACAGAUUGUUACAUGCUGUUGUAUCUAUUACAAAUCAACCUAUUUGCAGACUUAGUCACUUACCAUGGAUACAGUAAAAUUGUAAAGACGUACCAAUGUCCCAAAGAGCAAGAGUCGGAUUGGCCAGUUCCAUUUUGGUAUGAACACUUCUUACCAGUUUGCAGUAAGAGAUGCGGCAUUUGUUACAAUGGGGUGCAGCAAUGAGAAUUGUCAGCAUUAGGGCACACGAUCCACCUAGUCUUGGCCAGAACUGGAAUAAGGUUUGGUGACCCGUGAAAAAGCUAUUAGUCUUUAGUUGGCUUCCAUUUUUAUUCAUUAUACAUUGGUUCUGGUAUAGUCUAAACUAACACUUCAACUAAGGCUAUACGAUGACUUCUGGGUUGUGUCCCAUUGUGAAUCACAGCAAAAGGAUUUGAUAUCUGACAUCAGCCAAAAACACCAGACAUAGAAGAUGGUCAGUGUCUAAAUGAGUGUGCAGUGCAAAACUCUGGCCUGCAGGUGGCGAUAUGCUGUAAGGGACAGUUUGCAUACUUGUCCCUUGGCCGGUUAUACCCCGCGCCAUGUAAAAGCUCACCCCCCCCCCCUCUUCCAUUGUCUCGCUGUGUAAGACAUCCUGUCAAGAGUUUAUCCUUAGGCUUUGAUUUUGCUGUGCAAAAAUAUGCCCCCAUACAUCGGAUUGCAGUUCUCCUAUAUUACCUAUAUGUAUAUGCAGAAUUCCAUAUCACAGAAAUGGAAUAUUGUGUGGACUUUAUAUUCUUUCUAAGAAAGAAAAGCCUUGGGCCGGUUACACAAGUAAUGCUGGUUUCUGUUUAAAAAAAAAAAAAGGGAAAAAAAAAAAGAAAAAAAUGUUUUUACUCACCUAUAUACUGUACGCCUAUAUUUUUUUAUUGUGUAUCUGAUGCGAGGAUGUGUUGAGCAGUGUUGUUUUGUAAUGUUUGCAUUGUUAUUGAGUAUAUAGAAUUGGGACUGAUCCCUGGGUUUAAAAUGACGAUAUUGUUACUGGAAUGUUGGACGCAUUUGUGUUUUAAUAUGCACUGUAUAUAUUACCAAGUGAUCACAUGUUUAUCUCAUAUGGAUAUCUUAAGGGUAGGCUGAAAUCAGAAGAAAAAUAUGUUCUCCGGAGCUCUUCAGCUUUUUAUAUAUAGAUAUUUUUAGAGUUAAUAGAAAAAAAGCAUUAACGGUGCAUAUUCUAUUCAGUAAAGUUAUUUAUUGUAGAUGUGAAAGUGACACAGUGUGCCUAUAACAUAUAUUGUACGAUCCCUAGUCUGUAAUUACCUACAGCCUGCGGGUGUGUGACCAGGGUUAGCCCACUGGGAAAAACUCAGCACUGGCAUCUUAACAAAGGAAUAGACUCUCGUAUACACAAUGUGAGAAAUAUAGAUUCAUAAAUCAGUUUUGGGAUUCAGCUAAAUCUUAAGGAUUUUUUACCAAUGUUUGGGUUCAAUCUAAUCCGAUCUUAACUUUGCUCUCUACAGUACUCCGAUUUAUCACUCGCCAGAGCCAAGCUUAAUAUUUAGGCGUCUACUGCUUAAUAUUAAGAUAUCAUUUUAACUAUAUGGUUGCUUAGUUUUAGUUACUUUUUUCAGCAUCAGUGCUCUACAGACUUUCUGGGACAAAAAUAUUAGGUUCGAAUUUGGUGAAAGAUUUUUCAGUGAUGAUUUCUUUUUAUAAAAAUAAAAAUAUCGGUGCGUUAAAUCCCAUUGAAGAAAAAGCGACACAAUCGCCAAACAAGAACCGAUUACAUUUGCCCACCUGGAUCUGAUUCAGAGUUGGACGGAGAUACAGUAGCAAGUUGCAGCCGCUAAUGUGAAUUUUUGUUAAUGCUGCAGCAGAUGGGCUUCCUACCGAGACGGCCACCGGCUACAGCUCUACUCCGUUGCGUUGAAAGUCGCUCCAUAGAGCAGACAAUGUACGCCACCAUCGGACAUAAGAGCAAUCCUUGGGUUGUUGCUCAGAAUAUCUGAUGGUACAUGGCGACGGGUGCUAGUGGAACGCUUCUUUUGACGAGUCCCUGACACCAGCACGCUCGCCAAUCAAAGUCACCGCCCAUCAUUGUCUAUCGAAAUUGCAUGGAUCUCCAUGCACUUCCAAUAUGCGCUCGCCAUUGGCAACCAUCUUAAAGUAUGGGCAGUGUGUCUCAGAUGAAUGCGCAUAUUAAAACAUUGUGCGCUUGCGCCAGAUGUUCUAACUUUACCCACUUCUGAUUCAGGCCCUCUGUCUUUAAAUCUAUUAAAAGGUAGCUUAUGCCUUUUAUUGUCAUCAGUAACCGAACACAAUAGCUUUCAUUCAGCCACACAGCCAAAAUAGAUUCUGUGUAAAGUAUUUUGGGGUAGAUUUGCUAAAACCUCUAAAGAGGAAAAGUGGGGGUGUUGUCUGUAUAAACCAAUCAGAAUUCACCUAUCAUCUAGAAUACCGUAAAACAUGAUAGCUAGAAUCUGAUUGGUAACAUCCCCAACUUUUCCCUUUUUAAAAUGUUUGCUACAGUAUAUCCCUUAGUGUUUUGUCGAGGAGUGAGAGCUGCUUUUAAUUUAGUUUUCUUAUAAAAGUUAAAGCCAGCAAGGCUUUCUUACCAUAUAUGCAAAAAUAAAGUGUUAUUUAUUUUUUCAGCUACUUACUAUAGCGAUUAAACUGUUGUAUGAGCCAAGUUUGAUUUCAGUUUUAAUUACUUGAUUUUUUUGCUUCAAUCCUGAAAGACUUUAUUUUGAUUGAACAUGUGUUAUUAAAAUGUGAUGUGAAUUUGAUGGGAGUUACAUUUUAAUGCAUUUUAUGUUUGAGCCAAUGUUGCUAUUUUAUGUUUGAGCCAAUGUUGCUAUUUUAUGUUUGAGCCAAUGUUGCUAUUUUGUUUGAGCCAAUGUUGCUUGCUGUACAUUAGCCACUUUGAUACUGCACACGUGGACUGAUGUUGCCAUGUUUGUGCUCCUAAUUUAGUGCCAUUUCCAGAAAUUAUCCUAUCAAAACAUAAGUAGGAAAAUACUUUCAAAAGAUGACCGCUAUCUUCCUGUGUGUACGCUCAUCUGACCGCACCAGCAGACCUCUGGAAAGUCAUAAGUAAUCCGGAUGCUUGAUCAAAAUGCUUAGCAACUGGAUCACAUGUCAUUUGUUCAGACGUUUGGGUGGGUUUAGUAUGAUUUACCGACAAUGGCAAUAUACCAACAACGACAUCCCGCCAUCAGUAUGCCGGCAGCGGGGAGAGCGCAAAGAGUCCCCUUGCGGACUCGGUAGCUCAAUGCGCUUGCCACAGGUUAUAUUCCCACUCUGUGUGUGUGUCGUGGAAACCCACGAGUGGGAAUAGCCCCAAUGAGCCAGGAUUCCGGCUGUCAGUAUUGUCAGCAGUCGGGAUUCCAGCGUCUGUAUCCUGACCGCCGGCAAAUUAACUGCAUCUCUUUUCAGGCUAAGCAGCGGGGCUGACCCAUGUAUACUGCACUUAAGACCAGAUUGGUUCCAAUAAAUUGUUAAAAUGUAACUCCCCUGCCAAGGAAUUGUAUCAGGUUUAUUGCAGAUUGCCAUCUGAUUUUCAGUAAAUAACUAAUAAACUAUUUAUACAUUAUAUACCGUGAUAUUAAAGAGCAGAGAGAUCCUCCUGGAUCUAAGUAAGACUGGAGAGUACAUAUAAUCUGUAAUCAGUCUCUUAGACCCAAGUGUACAGAGAUCUAUGCCACAAGCUAACACAUGCGUACUGUUGUAACUGUGUGUAUGUAGAGUAAUGAUUGAAGCUAAAGUUUUGAUGAUGUGUAGGUUGUUUAAGAUUAAUAAUAUACUGUAAUAAAUGGACAUUGGUUUAAAGAAAAA